AUGUCUGAGACCAAGGAUCUUUCUUCUCAGGUCCAAGACACAACAAAAGACACUGCUUCCAACGAGCAGCAAUCCUCUGGUGCGUUUGGCAGUCCCCAGCGAAGUUUGCCGCUUAUCGUCCCCAUUGCAGUCAACUAUGACCAGUCAGUCCCUCGGAGUGGUGUUGUGAAUGAUGCUGGUGAUAUCCUCGACGAUGCUGGCAAGACUGUCGGUAAGGUCGCCGACACCGAUAACCUCAAGAACCUCGUAGGCAACACCGUCAACAGCGCCGGCGAUGUUGUCGACUCCUCAGGCGAUGUCCUCGGCAAGACACUGCCCAUAGGACAAGGAAAGCCUGAGGAGGAAGAGGACUCUCACGACGAGGAGAAGAGCGAGUACACAACCCAGUCCAAGGACAAGAAGUCUGGAGGUUUGGGAGACGCCGUCGGCAGCGUUACCAGCGCUGUUGGCGACACUGCUAAGAGCGCCACCGACACUGUCGGCGAGACAACAAAGGGAGCUACCGACGCCGUUGGUGACACAGCCAAGGGUGCUACAGACACUGCUAGCGAUGUGACUGACGACGUCGCCGCCAAGUCAGAGGCUACAUCCCACGCCACCGACACCAAGACACCCGCAGAGACUCCCAAGGCCCCUGGGGUCAAGGAAGAGACACCUGAUGUCAAGGACGAGGCAUCCGAUGUUAAGGAUAACGCGCCUGACGUCAAGGAAAACGCACCCGAAGUCAAGGACGAAACAUCCGACGUCAAGGACGAGACAACAGACCAAACCGACAGGAUCAACCUCGAGGACCGAGAGGCACCAGCUGAUGCCGACGACAAGCUCAAGGAGGUCGCUCCCGAGCCCGAAGAGGCUAAGGAGACCACCAAGGACGUUUCUGACGAGGCCAAGGACAUCCCUGAGAAGGCCAAGGACGCUUCCGAGAAGGCUAAGGACGUCCCCGAAGAGGCCAAGGAGGACGUUACCUCCAAGGUCGACGAGCAAGAGCAAGAUGUCCCCAAACCUGAGGAAGUCGAGGAGAAGCUCCAGGAGAAGACCGAGGGUGCCAAGGACGACGCUACAAAGUCCGAAGCUCCUGAGGCUGAUGUUGCCAAGACUGAGGCUCCUGUCGACGAAGUCCCCAGCGGCGAAGUUGCAGAUGACGACAAGUCCAAGACAGCUGGUGACGAUCUGAAGUCUGUGGCACCCGGAGAGGAUGCUGCAGGUGUCACCGACGAAGUCCAGAGCAAGGCCGCUCAGGGCGAGGAUGCUGCUCAGGACAAGGUUUCGGAAGCUGACAAGGCUGCCGAGGAUGUUCCUGAGGACGCCAAGAGCAAGACUGCAGAGGCCGAGAAGGCCGCUGAAGAUCUUCCCGAGGAUGCCCAGAGCAAGGCCGCCGACGGUGAGAAGGCUGUCGAAGACCUCCCCGAAGAUGCUAAGGACAAGGUUGAAGACGGCGAAAAGGCCGCCGAGGAGCUCCCUGAGGAUGCCCAAAGCAAGGCUCCAGAGGACGAGCAAGUCGCUGGCGACGUCGCCGAUGAGGCCAAGGACAAGGCCGCUGAGACUGAAGAAGCCGUCGAUGAGAAGACCACUGAAGCUGAGGAGGCUGCCAAGGAGCCUCUCGACUUCUCCGUCCUCAAGGGCACCACUGUCGACAAGGAGGGUAACCUCGUCAACGACAAGGGUGACAAGAUCGGCAAGAUUGUCGAAGGCGAGCUCAAGCAGCUCGUUGGCCUCAGCUGUGACGACCAAGGUCAGAUCUGGGACAAGACUGGCAAGCAGCUCGGCAAGGCUGAGCCUAUCCCCGAGUGGGACCGCGAGCAGAAGGACUCUUCUAUUCUCAAGGGCACUACCGUCGACAAAGAGGGUAACCUUGUGAACGACAAGGGCCAUCUCAUCGGACGUGUCAUUGAGGGCGAGAUCAAGCAGCUCGUUGGUCUUUCUUCUGACGACCAGGGUGUUAUCUGGGACCGAACUGGCAAGCAGGUCGGUAAGGCCGAACCCCUCCCUGAGUGGGAACGUGGUGAACAGAAGGAUUACAGCCUCCUGAAGGGCAAGACUGUCGACAAGAACGGUAACCUCGUUGACGAGAAGGGUCACCUCUUCGGUAAGGUCGUCGAGGGUGAGAUCAAGCAACUCAUCGGUCUUUCCUCUGACGACCAAGGCACCAUCUGGGACAAGACUGGCAAGGCUGCUGGUAAGGCCGAGCCUCUCCCUGAAUGGGAGCGCGGCGAGCAGAAGGAUUUCUCUAUCCUCAAGGGUGCUAUUGUCGACAAGGAGGGUGGUCUUACCAGUGAUAAGGGAGACACCAUCGGCAAGGUCACUGAGGGUGAAAUCAAGCAGCUUGUUGGCCUCAAGUCUGACGAGAACGGCAAGAUCUGGCGAGACGGUAAGGUCGUCGGCCAGGCUGAGCCUCUUCCUGAGUGGGAGCGCGUCCAAAAGAAGGACCGAUCCAUUCUCAAGGGAGCUGUUGUCGACAAGGAGGGUGGUCUCACUAACGACAAAGGAGAUACCAUCGGCAAGGUCGUUGAGGGUGAGGUCAGACAGCUUGUCGGUCUCAAGUCCGAUGAGAACGGCAAGAUCUGGAGAGACGGCAACGUCGUCGGUCAGGCUGAUCCCCUCGAGGAGUGGGACCGCGUUCAGAAGAAGGACCGAUCUGUUCUCAAGGGCAGCAAGGUCAACAAGGUCGGCAAGCUCGUCGACUCCAACGGCAACAUUGUCGGAAAGGUUGUUGAGGGCGACCUGAAGGAGCUCCUCGGCAAGCGAUCCGACGAGAACGGUGAUAUCUGGAACGACUCCGGAGAGGUCAUCGGUAAGGGUGAGCCUGUCUCUGCCUCCGAGCGCGAGCAAAAGUCCUCAGCUCCCUUCGAGAACUUCCCUGACGCCAUCGUCGAGUCUGACGGCCGUGUCAUGUACAAUGGUGAGCAGGUUGGUGAGGUUAUCGAGGGUAACCCCAAGGAGCUCAAGGGCAGCAAGGUCGAUGAGGAUGGUGACAUUCUCGACCGCCGCGGUAACUCCGUCGGUAAGGCCAAGCGCUGGGAAGCUCCCGAGGCUGAGGAGGAGAAGCCCGUCGACAACUCUGCCCUUGCUGGCAAGCGUGUCAACAAGGCUGGUAACCUCGUCAGCGAGUCUGGCGAGAUCUACGGUCGUGUCAUUGAGGGUAAUGUUCAGAAGCUUGUCGGGCGCAUGUCUGACCGUGAUGGAAACAUCCGAAGCGAGUCUGGAGACAUCAUCGGCAAGGCUGAGCUUGUCUCUGAGGGCGAGCGCGGUGGCAAGAAGGACGGUCCCUUCGCUGAGCUCAAGAACUGCACUGUCGCCAAGGAUGGUAAGGUUGUGAACCAAGCUGGCGAGACUGUUGGCCGACUUGUUAUCGGUGAUGCCAAGGCCCUCGUCGGACGCUCUGUUGAUGAUGAUGGCGAGAUCGUCGACUCCAACGGCAACGUUAUUGGCAAGGCUGAGCGUUGGGAGGAGCCUGAGAAGGAGAAGUCACACAACCCUCUUGCUGGUCGCAAGGUGAACCGCGAGGGUAACGUUGUCGACGCUGAUGGCAACAUCAUUGGCAAGCUUACCAGCGGCGAGAUCCUUGACUGCCAGGGCAAGGAGGUUGACGAGGACGGCGAUGUCUUUAACCAGAAGGGCAGCGUCGUUGGUCACGUCUCUCUUCUUGAGGACAUCCCCAAGGAGGAGCCUGAAGAGGAGCCUACACCCGAGCCUGAGGGUGAGACUGAGGAGGAGCGUAUCAAGCGCGAGCAGGCCGAAGCCGAUAUCAAGGCUGAGCAGGAUGAGGCUGAGAAGAACAAGAAGCUUGCUCAGCAGCUCGCCUACCAGAUUGAGCAGACCCUAGAGCGCCUCCGACCUAUCUGCAAGUCCAUCAGCGACAAGAUCAGCGCAGCUGAGGCCCAGAAGCCCGAGGACCGUGACGAGGAGGAACUCGUCCGACAGGUCAAGCCUCUGAUCGAGGACGGUGGUAAGCUCCUUACCGAGACCAACGGCAUCAUCCGUGGUCUUGACCCUGAUGGUCGCAUUGCUCGCAACGCCAAGCAGAAGUCUUCUUCUGGUGAGGCUACUCCUGAGGAGGCUCACCUCGCCAACCUUCUCAAGGAGCUGUCUACUGAGAUUCAGACCUGUAUCGAUGAGGGCAAGCGUAAGCUUGAGGGUAUGCCCCACGCUAAGAAGGAGAUCAACCCUCUCUGGGGUCUCCUUGCCGAGCCUCUUUUCCAGAUCGUGGCUGCUGUCGGUCUCCUGCUCAGCGGUGUUCUUGGACUCGUUGGCAAGCUUCUCGGCCCCAUCCUUGGACCUUUGUUGAACGGUCUUGGUCUUGGUGGCCUCCUUGACGGUCUUCUUGGCGGACUUGGUCUCAAGAAGAUCCUCGGAAGCCUUGGUCUUGGUGAUGUCGUCGGAACUGUCACAGGAAAGAAAUAA